AUGACUUUAAGCACCCCAGGGGAGAAAGCCAUGUCCUUGGAAGGAGUAAGAGGCAGCUCUGUGACACUGGCCUGCAGCCCUGGUCCUGACAUCCUGGUGGUUCUCUGGAGCUUCACCCCACUGGGUUUCCUGGUCCCACGACCCGUGGCUGUCACCAAUGGAGCCUCAUCAAAAGUGGAGGCCGGGUCCUCAGCUCUGGGGGUCGUGAGUCUGAGGAACAGCAGCCUGGUGCUAGAGGAACUCCGAGAGGGCGCCCGUGGCCACUUCCUGUGCCAGGCCCUGCAUGUGUCCAGCGGCCAGCUCCACACCACCUACUCCUACUACACUCUAGCUGUACUGGUACCUGUAUCCAAGCCUCAGGUGCGGCUAAGUGACCCAUCCCCAGUAGAAGGCAUCUCUGUGGUGGCUACAUGUGCUGUGCGGGAGGGCACAGAGCCAGUGACAUUCACUUGGCAUCAUCAUGCACCUCGAAGUCCUGAAGAGGCUGUGGUAGGGCUUGCAGAGCCACAGCUCAGACUGGAUCCAGUCAACCGGACACACCUAGGCUGGUACACAUGCAGUGCCCGCAAUGUUGUCAACGAGCUGAGCAGUGCUGGAAUCUUCUUGGAUGUCAUCUAUGGUCCUGACAAGCCUGUGAUCACUGUGGAGCCACUGGGAUUCACAGAGGAGGGGUUUUGGGCCAGUGAAAGGGAGGAAGUGAUCCUGAGCUGCCUGGCUGCAUCCAACCCUCCUAGUCACUAUGUGUGGCUCCGGGACAACAUUCAGGUCCACAAAGGACCCAUCUACAUCAUCACCAGUGCUGGCCCCACCCACACAGGCCUAUACACCUGCUUGGCCCACAACAGCCAUCUAGACACUCGCUCCCAGAACACUAUUCAGCUCACCAUCUAUUAUCCCCCUGAAGGGCAGCCCUCCUGUGCUGUGCUCCCCACCCUGGGGGCUGUAACUCUGCUCUGCACAUGGCCUGGGGGGCUUCCAACUGCCCACCUGCAUUGGGAAGGGCCCUGGGGGAUUAGCCCGACUUCCCCCAGCAACAUCAGCUGGAGUAACACAACCACUGGACUCCCCAGUGGCAGUGUCUUCACCUGCGCAGGACAGCAUCCAGCCCUGGCACAACCUGCCUUCUGCAGGGUCACACUCUGGGAACCUCCCAGGAGCCCUACCUGUUGGACCACCAUUACAUUAGGUGACCAGUUCAUCAUGCUGAGCUGUGAAUGGCCUGGAGGAGAGCCCCCUGCACUGCUGAGCUGGCUGGACAAACAGCAGCAGUCCCUGGGUGACCCCAGCUCUUCAACUGCAGUCUACCUCCUGCAGACCCAAGAUGAUCUGGCAGGCAGAGAGUUUACCUGCCUGGGCUCCCACCCACUCAGGGUCCCUGACCCCCGCUGCCAGCUCCAGCUAGAGGCCCCACAGAUAGCAGUGGCUGAGACCCUGGUGUCAGUGUUGGAGGGAGGAGAAGCCUGGAUGGACUGUGCUCUCCAAGGGGGCACACCACCUGUUCAGCUUCUCUGGCUGGGACCCCAGCAACAGCAGGUGGAACAGAGCACUUCCGGAUUCAUGCUAUACCCAGACAGUGUCCAGUUGCGCCUCCAGAUCCAAGAUGCUGACCCAGCAUACCACGGGGGCACAUACCAAUGUGUGGCCCGCAAUGCUGUGGGCAGCAGCCAUCGAAGAGUGCUGCUGGAGGUCCUGAGGUAUCCAGCUCCUCCUAACGUCACCAUCAGCCGCCUGACCUAUGGGAGGCACAGGAGAGAGGUGCAGCUGCAGUGGGCCAUCCAGGGUCCUGGGAACCUGACAGGCUUUCUGGUACAGCGGAGGGCCAGUGUCCCCAGCCCAGAAGCUGGGGCUUGGGAGACAGCUGCUAAUGACAUCGAACCAGAGAGCAGGGCACGGCGACUGGGAGGGUUGGACCCAGGGGUCCUUUACGCCUUCCGCGUCCUGGCUCUGAAUCACUACACUGCUGGAUAUCCCUCGGAGGUGAAGACACCAGUGGACCCCCCCUUUAGCAUCUACCCAGCUGUAUUGGGUGCAGCAGGCACAGGAAUGGUGGUGGCAUCGGUGGCCUCUCUACUGGUGUUCCAGUAUGCUGUUCGUCACCCACAGACCUUCCCUCGGCUUGGUCAGUUGCUUGUUCCCAGCUUGCGUUCUUCCCUCCCCAGGGGUUUGAGGGAAGAAGGCACCCAGGCGCCAUCAGGCACUGAAACAGCAACCACUUCAAGCUCAGAUCCUGCACAAGAACCUGCUGAGGCUCCAGUAAAUGUCACCAUCACAGUGACUGCAACACCAUGA